AAACAGUAGCACACGUGUAGCUGUUGUUAGGCUGUAAACUCAAGUCAUGUGUAGAAUUUAGAUGACUUUUGUAAACAUGCUGUACAUAUGUAUGUAAAUGUAUAUAUUUAAAUACCGGGAUAACAUCUUUCUGCACACACACGAGCUGCUAAAGCUGCAGGAGAUACAGGAGAAGAGUUCGUGUCUGGUUCGGGUCCACUCGGUUCUGUUCGGCUCCAGGAUGUUUGUGGUGGUGGAGAUGGUGGACACGGUCCGGAUUCCUCCGUGGAGUUUCCAGCGGCCGCUGAAUGACGCAAUCGCAGAAGAGCUCAACAAGAAACUCGCCAACAAGGUUGUGUAUAAUGUGGGGUUGUGUAUCUGUCUGUAUGACAUCACUAAACUGGAUGAUUCCUACAUCUUUCCUGGAGAUGGAGCGUCUCACACUAAAGUUAAUUUCAGAUAUGUGGUGUUUCACCCGUUCCUGGAUGAGAUUCUGGUGGGAAAGAUUAAAGGCUGUAGCGCAGAGGGAGUUCAUGUCAGCCUUGGAUUCUUCGAUGACAUCAUAAUCCCACCAGAGUCACUACAGCAACCGGCUAAAUUCGAUGAGGCGGAGCAGGUGUGGAUGUGGGAAUACGAGACGGACGAAGGCGCCCACGACCUGUACAUGGACGCGGGCGAAGAGAUCCGCUUCCGAGUUGUGGACGAGGUGUUUAUCGACACGUCGCCCACUGGUCCCAGUACAGAGAAAGAUGCCUCGACCGCGCCUGCCACAACCAGCACAGCGCCACCUGCUGGCACGGAGGACAGCGCACAGCAGAAAGAGGCGCCAUACACACUCGUUGGAUCCGUGAGUGAACCUGGUCUGGGUCUUCUCUCCUGGUGGAACAAUUAACGAGACCCACAGCAUCUCUUCUGCGUUAUAAACUGGUUUUGCUGACGGGAUGUUCACACGGACCCAGAGGAACACAUUCAGAUCUGCAGCUUCAUGAAUCAUCGGACUGGCAGCUCUGUGGACCAAUCAGUGAGCAGAUGCUGCUGACCAAAGUUAUUUAUAAUUAGACUAAUGGGUGGUAAUUUUGCCCGUGAGUGUUUGAGAGUAACUACAGGGUUAGUGAACCGAUAUGUUCGUGUUUACAAGAUUACAUACGAACAAAUGAAGUAAAACAGGUGAUGUUUAGUUGCAUAAUAUCUCUGACUCACUAUGAAAGAUAGAUGUCUUUUGGGAUGUCAAAUGUAUAUUUGUUUCUUGUUUUAUUUUUUUGCAUCUUAAUAAAAUGUAUUUA